GAGGGAAACUUUCAGAAAUUCUUCCUAUUUGUAACUUUUGGUGUGUUUAUUGAAAUUCUUGUCAGAACUAUCCAUACGACGCAGUAUAUAUUUGUCAAAAUAAAUGAACUCAAGAAAUAAAAACAAACCGCUGAACAGAUAAGGACGAUUGAGAGAACUCGUUAAACAGUUGUUUUUGCGGUAAAGGAGAAUCAGAAUUCGAAAACCAAAUACAAAGGUCUCUGGACAAAAGGAUGCAGACGCCUCCGGAAACAGAUCUCCUCCGGUGGGAAUGUGUCAACCAAAAAACUCGUGACUCUGUCCUCUUAGAUUUGUCUUUCAAUCAUCAAUUUGUGACAUCAAAAAUCUUAGAAAGGUGGUAGAAUAUCGUUUGGAAUAUAUAAUGAUUUGUUGAUUUUGUGCGAAAACUGAAUUUAGAGAAGGAAAAAAAAAUCGUUUGGCAUAAUACUACGUUUGAUUUGUGUUGCAAAUAAAUUUCGAAGAAAAAAGUGGCGACGACGACGAUGGGGAAGUCCAUGCGUUAAGUUUGGACAGUUCUUACUUGGUGACAUCGGACUCAGAGGGUAGUGUGCAAGAUUUUGAACUUGACAUGACUACUGAUCACCAAGAAACACCCCUACCCAAAGAACUAGAACUUCGCGCUGGUUCUCAGCCACUAGAAUACGCCCUCUGGGCAAGGGUAGAACUUAGUCGAGGUAAAAGGUUCGGUCCCAUACCUGCUCAACUCAAAGAUACAGAGCCACCUAGUCCCACUGUUUGGAAAGUUGUUGAUGAGCAAGGUACAGUGAAGGCAUGGGUCGAUACUUUGGUCGUGAGAGGUGGACAGUGGACGACAUUUUUGCGAAAAUCAGAGAAUGUGCAAAAGAGGAAUGUUAGUCCACUCUUCUAUGGUGGUCAAAUCUACCUUGAAGUUGUCCGAGACAUCGAAGCUGGUCAGGAGCUCCAUUUAGCCUCUUACAACUUGUUGCUGGCCCACGAAUCAUCAUCUCACAGAAAUGGAAGUGUUGUUUCCCAUGAUGCAACAGGUUCCGAUGAAAGAAAAGAGUAUCAAAAAGAAGAUGGAUCAGAGAAUUCUGGAAUCAUCCCUCCUCCUCUCAUCCCAAAACAGGAAGAUGGGGAUGAAUUGUCUCAUCUCAGGUGUUACGCCUGUGACAUCGAAUUCCCAGAUCAUUACAGGUUAGUAAUAGUAAUUAGCAACAGUUUGCAAUUAGGUCAUUUUUUAACCCUUCAUAAGGGCAUUAUGCUUCCCACAAACUUCCUUAACUAUUAGUAGUCAAUAGGAAGUUUUUAACCUCCUAAGAUUUGAAUGUUCGUGCGGCCAUCUGCUAAUAAUUUCAGAAAAUAAAAAAAGAAACGAAUGAAAGGCGUUGCUUUGAAAAAUGUGGAUAACAGUAAUGGUUGGCGUGGGGUCGAAAAGAGAAGUCAGCACUGGAGAACCAUUUUUCCUUUUGCGUUUUGCGUUCAUUCUUUUAAUCAUUUCUCAUCGCUUUUGCUUGUAGUUAAGAACACAAUAUUUAUAAAAUAUUUAUAAAUGCGGUUAUUUGUAAGUACGGAUGUUCAAGUUUAUGGAAAAGUCAUUACAGUAAGAAACAUUUUUUUGAAAAUUUUGUCUACAUU